CACAUGGUGAUGAGUUUCCGAGUGUCUGAGCUCCAGGUGCUCCUUGGCUUCGCUGGCCGGAACAAGAGUGGACGGAAACACGAGCUCCUGGCCAAGGCCCUGCAUCUCCUCAAGUCCAGCUGUGCCCCCAGUGUCCAGAUGAAGAUCAAAGAACUUUACCGCAGGCGCUUUCCCAGGAAGGCCCUGGGGCCCUCUGACCUUUCCCUGCUCUCCUUACCCCCUGGCACCUCCCCUGUAGGCUCCCCUGGCCCUCCAGCUCCCAUCCCUCCCUCCCUUCUAACCCCUGGGGCCCUGCUGGGCCCUAAGCGCGAGGUGGACAUGCACCCACCUCUGCCCCAGCCAGUGCACCCUGAUGUCACCAUGAAACCGCUGCCCUUCUACGAAGUCUAUGGGGAGCUCAUCCGGCCCACCACCCUCGCAUCCACCUCCAGCCAGAGGUUUGAGGAAGCGCACUUUACCUUUGCCCUCACUCCCCAGCAGGUGCAGCAGAUUCUCACAUCCAGAGAGGUUCUGCCAGGAGCCAAGUGUGAUUAUACCAUACAAGUGCAGCUAAGGUUCUGUCUCUGUGAGACUAGCUGCCCACAGGAGGACUAUUUUCCCCCUAACCUCUUUGUCAAGGUUAAUGGGAAACUCUGCCCCCUGCCGGGUUACCUUCCCCCAACCAAGAAUGGAGCAGAGCCCAAGAGGCCCAGCCGUCCAAUCAACAUUACAUCCCUGGCUCGGCUCUCAGCCACAGUUCCCAACACCAUUGUGGUUAAUUGGUCAUCUGAGUUUGGACGGAAUUAUUCCUUGUCUGUGUACCUGGUGAGGCAGUUAACCGCAGGGACCCUUCUACAAAAACUCAGAGCGAAGGGUAUCCGGAAUCCAGACCAUUCCCGGGCACUGAUCAAGGAGAAAUUGACCGCUGACCCUGACAGUGAGGUGGCUACUACAAGUCUCCGGGUGUCACUCAUGUGCCCGCUAGGGAAGAUGCGUCUGACCGUCCCAUGCCGUGCCCUUACCUGUGCCCACCUGCAGAGCUUUGAUGCUGCCCUUUAUCUACAGAUGAAUGAGAAGAAGCCAACAUGGACAUGUCCUGUGUGUGAUAAGAAGGCUCCCUAUGAAUCUCUUAUUAUUGAUGGUUUAUUCAUGGAGAUUCUUAAUUCCUGUUCUGAUUGUGAUGAGAUCCAGUUCAUGGAAGAUGGAUCCUGGUGUCCGAUGAAACCUAAGAAGGAGGCAUCUGAGGUUUGCCCCCCGCCAGGGUAUGGGCUGGAUGGCCUGCAGUAUAGCCCAGUCCAAGAGGGAAGUCCAUCAGAGAAUAAGAAGAGAGUUGAAGUUAUUGAUUUGACAAUCGAAAGCUCAUCAGAUGAGGAAGAUUUGCCUCCAACCAAGAAGCACUGCCCUGUCACCUCGGCCACCAUUCCAGCCCUUCCUGGAGGCAAAGGUGUCCUGACAUCUGGUCACCAGCCAUCUUCGGUGCUGCGGAGCCCUGCAAUGGGCACACUGGGCAGUGAUUUUCUGUCCAGUCUCCCACUACAUGAGUUUCCACCCGCCUUCCCACUGGGGGCUGACAUCCAAGGUUUAGAUUUAUUUUCUUUCCUUCAGACUGAGAGUCAGCACUACGGUCCUUCUGUCAUCACUUCACUAGAUGAGCAGGACACCCUUGGUCACUUCUUCCAGUACCGGGGAACCCCUUCCCACUUCCUGGGCCCACUGGCUCCCACAUUGGGAAGCUCUCACCGUAGCUCCACUCCAGCGCCCCCUCCUGGCCGUGUCAGCAGCAUUGUGUCUCCUGGGAGUUCCUUGAGGGAUGGGCAUGGAGGACCCCUGCCUUCAGGUCCCUCUCUGAGUGGCCGGCGGUCAGAUGUUAUUUCCUUGGAUUGAAUUACUUGGAUUAUGUAACCUUCAUUGGCCCCCAGCACUGAGCAGAUGUGCUGUGGGUUUCCAGCCCCUGGCUAUCCUGAUCCCUCUGGGGUCCUUUGGCCAGAGGCCAGACCAGGCCUUCAUGGAUACCUGCUUUUGGCCUUAUCUCUGCCUAACAAGGCCAAUACUCAAAGGGUUAACAUUUAACCUGCUUUAAAGGGUGUUGGGGUCUGUUUUUGGAAGUGUUCUUCGAUGGUGGCACAUUCCUUUGGGUAUGGUGACCUAGGCAGUGGGAGGCAGGCAGAAGGAUGGGAGCUGAGGGAAGAGGGCGAAAAGGCACUUUCCUGGCCCCCAAGAUGCUUUCUCUUCCUAAAUCCAAACAUCUGUCCUUUUCAUGUCCAUUCCGUUCUCUUUGGCCACACAGUUCGGUGGCAGAUCUGAGACAUGAAGCUUCAAGUUGGACAGAGAACUCUAUUUUGGGCUGCAGAUUUCUUUUUUGUACAUAAAUAAGAAAACCCAAAAUUAUCCAAAGAUGACUUCCCCUGCCUUUUACUUCCCAGUAUGACUUGAGGAGGAAACAAGGCCUUAGCUGUGAUUCCCAGGGGCAUGGGAGCAGGGCUUGGCCUGCCUACUGUCUGGGUCUCUCUAUUUAUAUAUUUAAGUUCACAAUGUUUCUUAUGCUAAACAACCAAGGGCCUACACUUCUAGUGACCUGUGGUCAGGCCUAGAUCAUUCUGCACCUUUUGUGGGACAUGGGGGCUCUGUGUUCUCCUUCCCAAUACUCAGGCCCCUUUAGGGCCAAGGCCCUAUGUUGUGAUUUUAUUCCCAGAAUUGUAGCAGAGUUCUCACCUACAAUAAAGGUUGUGAAUGUUCUGUGAC